GCCUAGGGCUGCCAGUUUGCCGCCAGCUUGCCGCCAGCCAAUUUGCUGUUGCUACUGUUGCUCCUGCUACUACUGCUACUACUGUUGCCGCUGUCGCUGCUACUGCUUCUUUCUUUUUUGCGCUCAUUGCCCCGUGCUUACUUGUCCGCCUCCCUGGCUACCUGGCUACCUACCUACCUAUCUACCUAUCUAUCUGCUUGCGCUGUGUCCAGGUCAUUUGUUUCUUAUUUUGGUAGAUACCGCCACAUCUUGCCACCAACAUGAACCAGCAUUCUCCGACAUCGUCGUCUGGGCCCGAGGACGCUGCCGAAAACACGGCCGAUGAAGAAGAUUCUGAAGACUACUGCAAGGGUGGUUACCAUCCUGUCCAGAUAGGGGAGAAGUUCAAAGACGGCAAGUAUACGGUCGUGAGGAAGUUGGGCUGGGGCCAUUUCUCUACCGUGUGGCUGUCGCGGGAUAAUACCAAUGGCAAACAUGUCGCCCUCAAAGUGGUCCGGUCCGCCAGCCACUACACCGAGACCGCUAUAGAUGAGGUCAAAUUACUCCAGAAGAUUGUCCAGGCGAAUCCUAACCACCCCGGCCGGAAAUACGUUGUCAGUCUCCUCGAUUCAUUCGAGCAUAAGGGCCCGAACGGUGUACACGUAUGCAUGGUAUUCGAGGUGCUGGGUGAGAACCUCCUGGGUCUUAUCAAGAAAUGGCAGCACAGAGGCAUACCUCGAGAGCUCGUCAUGCAAAUAACGAAGCAAGUGUUGAUGGGGUUGGAUUAUCUGCACCGAGAGUGUGGCAUCAUUCACACAGAUCUCAAACCAGAAAAUGUCUUAAUAGAGAUCGGCGACGUGGAACAAGUUGUACAGAAAGUGGUCAAGAAUGAGAGCGCGGAUAAGGAGAACAAUCGCAAUGGACGCCGUCGGCGAAGGACCCUCAUCACCGGUAGCCAACCGCUCCCUUCACCACUUAAUGCAACUUUUAACCGCGACAACCUCUUCCCAUCGCCUAAAUCGCAUUCAAGUCUGAACGCUCUUUUACAUGAGAAUAUUACUCCAGCGGCAACACCGGGCGAGAAACAGGGGCAGAGGGAGAAAACAGCUGAUAUCUUGACGAAGGAAGUAUCGGGUAUCUCCCUCGACAAAUCCAAUAGCCCCGGGGCCACAACUACCGAUAAGAAGAAGAGGAAGAGGAGUGGCCCAAUCAUCAAUGUCAAGAUUGCUGAUUUGGGAAAUGCCUGUUGGGUCUCCCACCACUUCACAAACGACAUUCAGACUCGCCAAUACCGCUCACCUGAGGUGAUCCUAGGCGCCAAAUGGGGAGCCAGCACUGAUGUCUGGAGUAUGGCCGCCAUGGUGUUUGAGCUAAUCACGGGCGAUUAUUUGUUCGACCCCCAGUCGGGCACGAAGUAUGGUAAAGAUGAUGAUCAUAUUGCGCAAAUUAUAGAACUUCUCGGCCCCUUUCCUAAAGAGCUGUGGAAAACAGGACGCUGGUCUCAAGAGAUUUUCAAUAAGAGAGGUGAACUACGCAACAUUCACCGCCUACGCCACUGGGCACUACCCGAUGUGCUCCGAGAGAAGUACCAUUUCAAAGAUACGAAAGACCCCAAAGAGCUUACACCAAAAGAACGGGAGGAGAAGGAAAAAGCCGCGAGGGACCGGGCAGAGGCCAAGGUAAGGGCCAAGAUGGAGGCCCGAAAGGCUGGCCAAGACGAAGAUGCUGUCGAAGAGUUAUUCGCCGAGGAAGAGCCGCCACUGGAGUACCAUCCCACUGAAGUUUCUAAUUUCCUGACACCUAUGCUCGAAUUGCUGCCUGAGAAGCGAGCGAAUGCGGGCGGAAUGGCCAAUCAUCCUUGGCUCGACAACACGCCGGGCAUGGAGAACGUCAAACUCGACAGCCUAGUACCUGGGUCUAAGGGCGAAGGGAUAGACGGUUGGGCCACGGAGAUUAAGAAGCGGUAGUACUGGGGGGUUGGCCAGCGGGUGGUAAGGUGAAAGAAGGGCGAAUUUAAGCAAGCUCUCUCUGUUUACGAGAUUCAAAUU